UAUUGCUAAGUAGGUAUAAAUAGCUUACUAUUCACUUUCAAAUUAUUCAUAUUACUGAUUCAGUAGUAAACAUGGUGUCUUCAGUCGUUUUCUCCGUUUUGGCUUCGGCCAUGCUGAUUCAGGCUGCCUACGCCCAAAUAGGCUGUGGAUGCGGAGUGAACAACUACGCUCCAGUGGUCUCCUCUUGCGGCAACAACCUUAACAACCUUGGCUACAACAACCUCCUUGGCUCCAACCUCAUCGGACUCAACAACGGCUACGGCUCAGUCCUGUCCAACGGCAUCGCCUACCCUGAAAGCCUUCUGAGCAUCGCUAGCGGCUCCUACACCACCCCUAACGGCAUCUCAGUUGUAGCGGAAAACCUGGAGAUUGGAGGCACUGUGUCUGUCUCUGGGGCUAUGCCUUUCGUUGGCGCGGUGUCCAUGGGAGGCGUGGCUCCUACUACUGGUCAGGCCACAGUGGCUUACAACUCGGUCCCUGGAGUGGCCCUGACUGACGCUGGUUGCGGCCAGGGCAUCUCCGGUGUUGGCCCCAAUGUUGGCUACAAUGGACUCGUUGGAAACAACUACAUUGGCAAUGGUCUCAUUGGAAACAACUUGGUUGGUAACCGACUGAUUGGAAACAACCUUGGUUACUCCGUUGGCGGUUGCGGAUGUCUGUAAAUUUCUGACCCUCAGCAACGAUGAGAGCUUCUGAUUGCAAAUAAACUUAUUUGGACAUGAACAUCAAAUAUUAAUGCAUUAUAA